AUCAGACACCAUACAUUCUUAGUCUGACCUGAACUGUCGUUUUAUACAUCAUAACAGAAGGCAAUUGAUGAUUUCUGGCCUUUAACAUGGAAGAUUAUCAAAUUUCUAAAAAUAUUUUUAUAGAGACACCUCUAAUAGAAAGUGAACCUUUAAGCAAGCUUGUGAAACGUCCAGUUUUUCUUAAACUUGAAAACUUGCAACCCAGUGGAUCUUUCAAACUCAGAGGUUUGAGUCGUCUUUGUCAAGAGGCUGUUGAAAAGGGCUACAAAAAACUAAUCAGUUCAUCAGGUGGAAAUGCAGGGUUGGCAGUGAAGUACAUUGCAAACAAACUUAACCUUUCAGCAACUAUCAUAGUACCUGAAGUUACAUCACAGAAUAUUGUGGAUGCUUUAGCUGGUGAUGGCAUUGAUGUGAUUAGGCAUGGAAGUGUAUGGAAUAUUGCUGAUGAAAAAGCACAAGAACUGGCAAAGACUUUAGGUAUUUUUUAUGUCACUCCAUUUGACCAUCCUACCAUUUGAGACUAUUCAUGUUAUUGUUGCAU